UUCCUAGCCAUGUUGUUACCUCGUGCCCAUGCUUCACUCGCAAGCCACAGCUCCCACAAGAGAACAAUGCCAACGGGCCUGCUCUCGACGCCAUGCAUUGCAAAGAAGCUCUGCUUUGCGCGUCGCCAUCAUGCUCGCUUUCGCCCCUCCAACAAAAAUGUCCCCAUGCUGCCCGCUCCUCCUAUUAUUUCCAGCAAUGCCGACCGCCGGCCUGAGUCGCGAGGCUCUCCCCGUGCUGCUGCUGAUGCUCGCCGCGGCCGUUGUCGCGCUCGCGUGGCCGUGCGGCGCGCUGCAGCUGCAGGACGCCGCCCUCAUCGACGACGUCAUCAUGGAGGCCGCGGAGGAGUGCUACAACGGGAAGCACCGGCGGACGGGCGUCACGUACCCGCUCUCGCUCCCGGCCAGCCUGUCCGCCGUCGACGGCAGCGUGUCGCGGUUCCGCUCCGGCAGCCUCAGCCGGCACGGCGUCCGUCUCUUCGGCGAGUUCUCCGUGCCCCCGGGGCUCGUCGUGCCCGGCCGUGCUGCCGGCGCGCACCUCCUCGCCGUCCGCGUCAAUAUGGGCAACCUCUCGGCCGUCUACGACGAGCACGCGGCGAGAGGCGGCGGCUACCGCAUCGCGUCGCCGGUGCUCGGGCUCAUGUUCUACGGCCUGGACCCGCGCGACGGCACGGCGCCGCUCCAGGUCCGCGUCACGGGCGCGGCCAUCCGCGUCAACUUCUCCAUGGCGGUCCCGGCGCUCCAGCCAGGGGCCGUGCCGCUCUGCAUGGCGGUGUGGCUCAACGGCAGCGUCGCCGUGACGGACGUGCAGGCCGGGACCAACACCUGCCACCUGAGGGACCAAGGCCACGUCGCGCUCGUCCUGGGCGGCGUAGGCGACGGCGACGCGGUGGCGGAGGACGGGGAGGUGAGCAAGUGGAAGCUGGCGUUGUUCGGCGCGGCGCUGGGCGCGGGCGGCACGGUGCUGCUGGGGCUCGUCCUCGUCGCGAUGCUGAGCGUCCAGCGGCGCAAAUCGGAGAUGGCGGAGAUGGAGCGGCGGGCGUACGAGGAGGAGGCGCUGCGCGUGGCCAUGGUCGGCCACGUCCGUGCGCCGUCAGCGUGCGGGUCGCGCACCACGCCGGACGAGCUGGAGAACGAGUACCGUGCCACCUUGUGACACAAACAAGUGCACAUUUGGAACAAAGGAAUAGUAGCAUUUGAAUUUUUAUCCUACAAUAUUCUUUAUGUACUAUGUUAUAAUACUUUAUUUAUUACGAAAAAUAAUCGAUGUAAACUGUGAAGUAGCUGUAACUUGAUCCAGAGAUGCAUGAUUACCA